GCUAACUUUCCCCUUAAUUACUUGCUUUCUCAGGGCUGUGUACAGGAAGGGUUUGUGAUUUGAGUGUUGCUUUGUCUGUAUAUUAGGAAAGCAGCUGUGCUGAGAGGCUGUGUUUUAUCUGGAACAGGAACAGAAUCUGAUUUUUGACACUAAAGGCCCUAAAAAAUGGAAAAUUUGAAAUUUAAUGCAACAGAACGCAUGACUGUCGACUACAUUAAGGGAAUUCUUCAACCCACACCUACCUGUGAUACCUGGGAUCAAAUCUGGGACUUCCAAGCCAAGCCUGAUGAUCUACUUAUUUCUACCUACCCUAAGGCAGGAACAACGUGGACUCAAGAGAUAGUGGACUUAAUCCAAAAUGAAGGUGAUGUUGACCAGAGCCAACGAGCUCCUACUCAUGAGCGAUUUCCUUUCAUUGAGUGGAUAAUCCCAUCCUUAGGCUCUGGUUUGGAACAGGCUAAUGAAAUGCCCUCACCACGGACCCUGAAAACACAUCUUCCUAUUCACUUGCUGCCACCAUCCAUUCUAGAGAAAAAUUGUAAGAUAAUCUAUGUAGCUAGAAAUCCCAAGGACAAUAUGGUGUCUUACUACCAUUUCCAAAGGAUGAAUAAAGCACUUCCUGAUCCAGGAACCUGGGAAGAGUAUUUUGAGAACUUUCUGACUGGAAAAGUGUGCUGGGGUUCUUGGCAUGACCAUGUGAAAGGAUGGUGGAAAGCCAAAGAUGCACACCGAAUUCUCUACCUCUUCUAUGAGGAUAUGAAGAAGAACCCAAAGCAUGAAAUUCAGAAGUUGGCAGAAUUUAUUGGAAAGGACUUGGAUGAUAAAACUCUAGAUAAAAUUGUCCAUCACACUGCAUUUGAUGUUAUGAAGCUGAAUCCAAUGGCAAACUACUCAUCGAUUCCUACUGAAAUCAUGAAUCACUCUAUUUCUCCUUUCAUGAGAAAAGGGGCAGUUGGAGACUGGAAGAAUCAUUUUACUGUGGCUCAGAAUGAGAUAUUUGAUGAGGACUACAAGAAGAAAAUGGCUGACACAAGUCUAACUUUCCAAUUCCAACUCAAGUAAGAAGAAGAAGAAGAAGAAUUAAAUUGUUUUAGUUCAUUAUUCAAUAUAUAACAAAAUAUUAACAAUAAAAGGUUGUUAAUCAGAAUACAUAUUGUAUUCAGGUAAAGGGAGGUCCAAUAAAUUAGUAGGUAUAAUCAAUAUAUUAUUGUUAUCUUCCUUUUACUUGGUAUUCAGUAGAUCACUAGUAAGUUGUCAGCAUAUUAAAAAUAUAUAUGUGUACAUAUAUGUCAUCUUUGGGGCUGUAUCUGAUAGAUAGUGCUUAAGGAUCACUCCUUAGCUCUGCACUUAGGAAUCACUCUUGUUGGUGCUCAGGGGACCAUAUGGGGUGCUGGGAUCAAACCCAGUCGGCCACAUGUAAGUGCCCUAAACCCACUGUACUAUCACUCCAGUACCCCAUAGUACUAAAAUAUUUUAAAGUGUCUAUAUCUUCAAGCAAUUAUUUGUUUGUUUAUUUUUUUUGUGAAACAAGAAAGUUUCUUGAAACUUAUUUGGAAACAUGUGAGGAAAAAGAGAGAGGGAGGAAUACUGGAAAGAGCACAGUCUUUUCCAGAGUGGAAAUAAGCACAGAAAUGGCGAGGCAAGUGAGUGAGACAUUUGUUCAAGAGAGAAGAGGGACUUAAGAGAAAGCCUCUUUUAGCAAUUUCUUGGUAUCAAAGUAACCAUAGAGUAACUUAAAAAUGUAUGGACAUGGAGAGUAUCAUGCUGAGCAAAAUAAAUCAGAAGUAGAGGAAGGGACAGACAUGGAAUAACAGCACUCAUUUGUGGGAUCUAAAAAAUAUAUAGGAUGACGCUAAUAUUCAAGGACAGUGAAUCCAGGACCAAGAGGACUAGCCAUGAUUAGAAGCUUGUCACAGUAUGCGUGUGGAGGGGGGUGUUAUGAGGAGUGGAGGAGGACAGGAUAGAGAAGGGACCACUAUGACAGUAAUAGUUGGAAAUGAUCACUCUAGACAAGAACUGAGUGCUGAAAGUAGGGAAAGGGAUAUGCAUGGUAACUUUUCAGUACCUGUAUUGCAAAUCAUAAUGCCCAAAAGGAGAGAGAGAGAGAGAGAGAGAGAAGUGGAAUGUCCACUGGUGAAGGGACAGGUGUUGGAACAUUGUAUGACUAAAACCCAAUCAUGAACAGCUUUGUAACUGCAUAUCUCUUGGUGAUUUGCUUAAAAAAUAAAUUAAAUUUAAAGAUUAAAUGUUUUUAAAUAUCACUGUCACUG